AAACACACACAAAAAAAAAACAUGGGACGGAAUAAAAACAAAAAUAAUCCGUUCGGAGUUUUAAUAUUUUACAUGGUUUGAAGGCUUCUUUUAUUUUCUCGACGUAAAAAGUUAGAUAUUUUGGAUGGAUCGAAUUUGGCAGGGGAGAGCAUGGACAGCUCAGUGACCCUGUGGCAGUUCCUGCUUCAGCUGCUGCUGGAACCGGGAAACAAACAACUCAUCUGCUGGACCAAUGAGGACGGCGAGUUCAAGCUGCUGCAGGCCGAGCAGGUGGCCAAGCUGUGGGGUGCUCGAAAGAACAAACCCAGCAUGAACUACGACAAGCUGAGCCGAGCCCUGCGUUACUACUACGACAAGAACAUCAUUAAGAAAGUAAACGGCCAGAAGUUUGUGUACCGCUUUGUCUCCUAUCCGGACAUUUUAAAAGCCGAUUACGCGGCCCGAGCCGAGGGAACCGAAGCGAGUCCUCUUCCUUCUCCCGAGCAGCAACCAAACAAAGGUCAACCCACCAGCAACAAAGCAACCAAGGACACCUUCAAAGCAGGCAGCGCAGCUCCGAGCCAGUCCAAAUCAUCCGGCCGAAACGACUACAUCCACUCAGGUUUGUACACAUCCUUUACGCUGACUUCUCUCCAGGCAGGAACGCAGCUCUUCAAGUCCAUCAAGAUGGAAAACCCCGGUGAGAAGAUGGCAGAGAAGAAGGACACCACACAAACUCCUUCAGUCAUCAAAUUCGGGACUUCAUCUCCGACCAGAGCUCCUACACAGAGCAUGACAUGCAAGCUGACUCCGCCCACGCGGUCUGUGCAGCCCCAGAUCCAGAUGUCAGAGCCUGAGGAAGAGCAGCUCACUCCCACCACGCCACUCGAGGUGAACUCCGGCACCGACGCCGCACCGAUGAGCAUCAUCCUCUCAGGGUUUUCUCCUUCUCUGGGAUGUCCUUCGCCCUCACCCAGCACACUCGCCGACUCCAAGGAGCUGAUCAUCGACACAGACGUAGAGUCAGUUUCCUCUCAACACACAGAGCUGCAGCUACAGCUCUAUCCCUCAUCUGAAUCCAAUUCAUCAGACCUGUCCCUGUCCCUGAGCCGCAGUCAGAGCGGCAAAACUUCUAAGAAGCCUCGAGGGCUGGAUCUCAUGCCCACAGUGUUGGUGAGCAGUUCGGACAUGAGUCCCCUGAACCUGUCCAGCCCGUCGCUCCCUACAGCCUUCCUGCAGACGCCGCUGUUGCUCACACCAAGUCCUCUGCUCUCUAACAUCCAUUUCUGGAGCACGCUCAGUCCGGUCGCUCCCAUCAGCCCGGCCCGAAGACAAGGAGCACACACGCUCUUUCAGUUUCCGUCCGUCCUGAGCUCCACCCAGUUCUCGGUGCCGGUACACACUCUGGACGGCACCAACACACCAGGACCUCUCUCUCCAGACCCACAGAAGACAUAAAGGAUAAAAAGAAAGACAAACAGACUGCUGUGAUCGGUGGGUUUGACUUUACACAAAAACACACGUCCUCAACCCGUGACAACCCCCCACCACCAACCCCACCACCGCGUUACCUGUUGACCAAAUUCUCCCUUAUGGCGACGCCGAGGGCUCAGGACCGCCUCUUCAUCCUGUGGGAGGGUUGCGAUGCUGUUGUCUUUGCUCUGUGUUCAAACCGACCACGAGCCAUGAGCUGGACUAGUGCAAACGUCUCAGCCGUGUUUGUGUUGCUGGUUUUCGGGGAGUCCCUGUAAUAGGCGUGGGUUUCUUCAUGACCGUGUUUUACAGAGAUUCACACACUCGUACUUUUACACGUAGGGAUUCAUCAACACUGAAACGUGUAACCGAUUUAGCGUUUAAUCAACCGCGCACCUCCAGGCCAUGCACAUACAGAGCAUUUUAUUUAGCGCCGUUUGUGUUUCCCUGAUUUCAAUAGCGACCACACACACACACAUACACACACAGAUGCAUCAGCACAUCCUACUGGACCAGAGUCGUUAUUCUCACUCACCGAGCAUCAUCCGGAGACUUUUUACUCACCAGGCUAACGGCGUAAAGACGUUUUAGCAUUUUUAAACUACGUUCACUCGAUAUCUUCAUACCGAUACUCGACCCCGGCGUCAGUAUCCAUGCAACCCUACUAGGUUUCUUUGCCUUCAUAACGCGAGGGAGACAAUUUACACAUUUUGAACCUCAUUUUGCACCUUUUUUUUUCCCCUUCCCAUAAACCUACAAGCACCUUGAGACAAGCGCUCGACUCGGUCACUUAACGACGCACUUACGCACUCUCAACGUCUCGAAGACGUUUAAAACUCCUUUCAGAAACAGAGAUUUAAUCUCGUUUGGUUAAACAUCACACACAGGGACUCAAACAUCCAGAUGCUUAUUUUUCUAUCGACCGUUCAGAGGCUUUAUAACAAACAUUAUUUUUUAAAGAGAGAGAUUUCUAUAUUGUGAGGUUUUAAGGCAGACUCGAGGUGAAUUCAGGUGUCCAAACCCAUCAAAAAUAAUUAUUCUGCCGGAAAAAGCUAUUUUUGUAAUUUUCCAUAAGAAAUAAUUAGAAAGGAAAUAUCUGGAAAUGAGAUUUAAGGCACCGGGAUUUUGAAUUUUAUGCCUUUUUUUCAUUUAAAUAAAGGAAAUUUAAACUCGAUCAAAUGUAAAAAAUCAAUGCUGUAGAUUAGCUCUAAUUCACUGUAUUGAUUUCAGAUUCAAUUCGGCAGAUCCAGCAAAUCCGUACUAGACUUUUACACGAACUCCGAACGAAAUGAAUUUUAAAAUUGUGUCAUGUUUGUUUGGGGGAAAAUAAAUAAAUAAAUUAAAAAUUCUGAUUUAGAUUUUUCAAAACAGAAUCUAAAAAUACAAAAUUGUAGCAUCAUAUCUUGAAUUUUUGAAUUUGAAAUACAUUUUUUUUACAAAACAUUUUCUACACUUUCAAAUUUAAAGCAUUUGAAAACAAUUUAUCUUUAUUACUGAUUUGAAAUUCACAUUCUAGUGACGUUUUAUAUUCUAUCUUUAUAACCGCAGUCGAAAAAAAUCCAGGAAACGCAUAUCAAACAGUUGCACAAUGCAAAACCCUACCUCUAACGUCGUGUCGAAUUCGGAUCUCGUCAAGCCACGAUUCAAACGCAGAACUGGACUGACGGCCGCACGCCGCCGGACGCCGAGCAAAUCGACCCCGAGGCUCGCCGUCGAACGCGUGACGACAAACGAAGAAAAAAAAAAAAAAAAAGAUUCCUACCAAGUAAUUUAGCAUCUCAGACCAAGUCUCAGGAAUGUUAAAUACUUUCAAACACCAAGCACUUAUGCAGUCAGUAACUUACCAUAGAGAACAAACCAUAGAGUUCAACAAGGGGGCAUUAGAAAUACACAGCCAAGCCAGAGAGAUUAGAACUAAUAAAGAAAAUCAAUCAAAAAGGUGAGGGAUAAAAUAAAUAGAUGUAAAAUAAAAAGUUUUAGCUACAAUAUACAUCACAAUAAAAAGUUCAUUGUUCAGUUUUGAUUUACUUGUAAGAAUUAUAAAAUCCGACUUUCUUUAAAUUCCCUCAUUUUUAAAGGCUUUGUGUAACACACACACAAAAAAAUGAUUAUAAAAUAUUGCUGAAUUAGCAAGUCUGAUUUUGUGCUGCCGUACGAGAUGAAACCGCUUUCUUUAUUUCUUUUCUUUCCUAUCGGUUGGUCAGUGGUCGGCUUUCCGGCCGUCGGUGCUUUACAGACCUACAGACGACAUCAGAACUUCGCUGUAACUUAUGCUAAUUACUUAAGAUAAUGAGGUUUUUUUAAUGUUUUUCUUUUUACAUGUAGUUUAUUGAUCUUAGAGAGCUCUUCAUCAGCAUUAGAGUUAGAAAUGCUGCGUUGAUGCUGUUUAUUUUUGUGAUUUUUCUUUUUUUCUCAGUGUAUUUUUAGCUUUCUUUUCCUUCAACUAGCAGCAACCAAGUAAAAGACAUCCUGCAAGCUCAGAUUUCCUCCUAUAUGUAUGUAUGUAUGUGUGUGUGUGUGUGUGUGUGUAUAUAUAUAUAUACACAUAUAUAAUGAGAGAGAGAGAGAGAGCGCUAAUUAUUAGACUUGAGCAUUCCUAAAAGUAUUUGCCCCUCAGUACAGUUUGUGUUUCUGGGAUUUUACUGGGAUUAGUUUUUCUUCUGUAUUCUUUCUUGUUUAUUAUACAGUAAUUGAAAUAUUUUUGAAACAAAAAAAGAGCUGAUAUUUUAUGUAUAGUUUUACUAUGUUUGUCCGCUCACGUGUAAAUAUUAUCUGUAUCUUUCAGGUGAUUAGUUCUUGAUGUCGUUUUCUGGGAAAAAAAAAACAAUUCAGAAUUUUUUUUUAUUUUAUUUUAUUUUUUUUUUAAAGUUUACCUUUGUAGCAUUCCCAAACUUCUUUAAUAUAUUUUAUUGCGUACAACUUUUCAGUGUUAACUUUCUCAGUGGCACUUACAUCAAGAAUCUUACACAAUUCUUCAGAUUAAAAUGAAAAAAAAAAAAAAACCUGCAUACCUCCAUUUUCCCCAUAUAUACCAGAGGAACCUGUGCAGCUUCAUCUUUUACUGCACAGUUUAAGAAAUCUGUAUAUUUACUACUUUUAUGGCCAAUUCAUCAUCAUGCCAUAAACAAAUUAUUAUAUUUUCAUAGAAUUUGUCUAGAAUUCGGUGAUUAAAAAGGUUUUUUCCCCCUCAGCACUGCCUCGAUAAGUGACCAGUCCUUUAAACAUAUCAUGUAAAUGCUGUUUUCUAAGGUUUUUUUGGUCCCUGCUGUCUUUUGGAUCAGUGAAACCCAGCGCAGAUGUUUACAGAUGUGGAUUUGGCUUGUUAGCUGUUGUGGACGUUGAAUAAAAGGAGAAAUAUUAAAACAGAA